AUGCUUAGAGCAAUCAAAGGUGUGCCCAAGUUCAGGCUGGAUGUGAUUUUAAUUGGUAAAACUGGACUUGGCAAAAGUGCAACUGGUAACUCUAUACUUGACAAAGAGAAUGUAUUUAAAGACAGCUGUUCGUUUAGUUCACUGACAAAGUUCCCAAAAUAUGACGCUUGUGACUUCUUAAACUAUAGAAUACAAGUUGUUGAUUGCCCAGGUGUUUUUGAUACAGAUUUAGAUGAAGAAGAUGGGGAAAUGUUGGUUAAGGUAGCUCUACAAUCUGCCAUAUUGAUUAAUCCAGAAGGCUACCACGCAUUUAUUGUUGUGGUGAAAGCAGGGAGUCGGUUCACAAAAGAAGAUGAAAAGUCUAUACUUAUUCUGAAACAUAUAUUGGGUAGUGAUUUUUUAAACAGCUAUGGCAUAAUAGUUUUUACUCACGGGGACAUUCUAAGUCUAGAAAUGGAGAAAAAUGGACAAAGUUUGAAAGAAUUUUGUGACAGUCAAACACGAGCUUUUAAAUCAUUACUGGAUGAAUGUCACGGCAGAGUUGUUGUUUUUAAUAAUCGGAAUCCUGAUGAUAAAACAAAACAAGAGCAGAGACAGAAUUUGGUCGACAUGGUGGUCAACUUAAACACUAACAACAAAAGAUACACAAAUAAACAUUUCGAAAAAGCACAGAUGCUCUACAAACAGAUGUUAGAUACUAAAGUGUUGACAACAACCAAGGAAGAUGUAAACACACAGAGUUGUAUCCUAGAUAAAAUUUCUAAAGCUGAGACUAUGACUACUAAUGAGAACAUUAUUUAUUUACAAAUGCUUUUCGAUGAAAUCAUCAACUUCGAGUCUUCUUUAUCCAAAUCUGCUGCUGAUGGAGAAUCACCAAAUAUUUUGAUUACUAAUCUUAAACAGGCGCGAUUAUGCGUAGAAGAGAUGAUCAAAGAAACAGAAAAGGCACAUCUUACGGGACCAAAAACUACCGAAGUCUUGGAAAUGUUACUGAACUUCCAAGAUAUUAAGCAAACAUUUGAUAAAAAGUACUUUUCUUCUUUCCAAUCCUUGGUCCAAGAAAAUAUAGAUGCCUUUCGUAGCAUGCUUGAGUUUAGAUAA